UACUUGGUCAACUCUUUCCCUUACCUAAGACCUUUUCUCUGAUAUCAAUAUCAUCUUCUUUGCAUAACUCAUCUACAUAAAUACAUUAUACAUGUCAAAGUUUCUUUAGAUUGUGUAUUUUGAAUCUGUCCCAGAAAGAUGCUGGCUUUCUGGUUUGUGAUAUUGCCAUUAAUAUCCCAAACGACAACAGCUACAGAUGUAAUUUCUGGUUGUCCUGACACAUGUGGCACUGUUCAUGUUCCAUACCCAUUUGGAAUCAACUUCACUUCUGCAAUCUCUAAUCCCAACUGUGCACUGAACAGCUUUUUCAUGUUUAAUUGCAAUGAAAGUUACGAUCCUCCACGUCUUUUUUUUGGCGAAAACAUGCCUAUUCACAAUAUAUCAGUAGAAGAAGGAACGAUCUCCGUUCGAAUUGACUCGGCAUUUAAAUGCUACAACGAGACAGGGUUGACCCUUGAGUUUGAUCAAGAUAUUAGUCUGGGAGAUGGCCCGUUUCGGUUCUCCGAUACUCGAAACAAGCUCACAGUUAUUGGGUGUGAUACUUUAGCCCUUAUGAGAGAUGCUGCAGAGACUUUUGGCAGCGGUUGUGUCUCGUUGUGUGACAAGAAUGUUACUCUACAUGGUUCUUGCUCAGGUUUUGGAUGCUGUCAAACAUCGGUGCCACAAAGUCUUCAAACACUGACAAUUAAUCUUGCAAGUCCGAGUAAUCAUAGCAGCGUUUGGCAGUUUAAUCCGUGUGAAUUCGCAUUUCUAGCUGAUGAAAGGACUUUCGAUGUUUCAAAGCUGCAGCUCUCUGCUCUUCCAAGUUCGCCGGUCACAAAACAGUUUGUUUCUUCUGAUGUUGUUCUUGAAUGGGUAGUAAGAGAGGAGAGAUGUAAGGCUGCACAAUCGAUAAUAUCAAAUAAAUAUGCUUGUGGCAGUAAUAGUAAUUGUACAUACUCUGAAAAUGGCAAGGGAUAUCGGUGCAUAUGCAAAGACGGAUUUACAGGAAAUCCUUAUCUUCCACAAGGUUGCCAAGACAUUGAUGAGUGCAAAGAACCAGACAAGUACAAAUGCGAUGGAAGUUGCAAGAAUACAAUUGGGAGCUACAAAUGCAGUUGCCCAUUUGGAAUGCGCGGUGAUGGUAAAGUUGGUUGUCAAGGAUUUCGCAUUACAACUAUUGCUGCAGGCGAAGAAAUAUACAAGAGGCGAAGAAAUGAGAGGAACUUUUUGAAAAAUGGAGGCUUGUUAUUGGAGCACCAAAGGGUAAGAAUCUUCAGAGAAGCGGAGUUAGUAAAGGCUACUAAAAAUUAUGAUCAAAGUUUACUUCUUGGCGAAGGAGGUUUCGGAUAUGUUUAUAAAGGAGUUUUAGCAGAUAACACCCAAGUUGCAGUAAAGAAGCCUAAAGAUAAAGACAAAACUCAAAUAAAUCAAGAAUUUCAACAAGAACUUGGCAUUGUUUCACAAGUUAACCAUAGAAAUGUUGUCAAGGUAUUAGGCCUUUGUUUGGAGACUAACGUUCCUUUAUUAGUUUACGAAUUCAUUUCCCAUGGAACCCUUUCCCAGCAUAUCCAUUACAACAGGUCUAAAAUAUUAGCCACAUGGAAAAAUCGUCUAAGAGUAGCAGCAGAGACUGCGCUUGCACUUGAUUAUUUGCAUUCUUUAGCAGAUCCCCCAAUUAUCCACAUGCGCGAUGUCAAUCAUGUAAUAUAAAAGUCAUGUAAUAUACUCUUAGACGAUACUUACACUGCUAAAGUAUCUGAUUUUGGAGCUUCAGUACUAAUUUCUCCUGGUCAAUCUGAUAUGGCUACAAGAAUACAAGGGACUAUUGGAUAUUUAGAUCCAGAGUAUCUUAUGACAGGUAAUUUAACUGAAAAGAGCGAUGUCUAUAGCUUUGGAGUGGUUCUUGUUGAACUAUUAACAGGGGAGAAACCAAAUUCUAGCACAAGAUCCGGCGAAAAGAGUAACAUCGUUCAAUAUUUUCUCUCAUCUCUAGAAAAUAAUGAGCUAUCUGGGAUACUUUGUUUUGAUGUAGCUAGUGAGAGACUGAAAUUGGAAGAGAAUUGAAGGGGUUUUGCAGAG